CCGCGGAGGAGGCUGAGCUGAAUGUUGGAAUGAGGCAGCGCUUUGUUCAGCCGUAGGAGGGGAGGGCAGACAGCUGCUGUGCCUGCGAGCAAUCGCUAAAAUACACGCUUCUGAGGCUGACUAACCCCGUUUCGUCUUUGUAUAUCUGUGCAGUAACGUGUUUUGAAAAAUUCCCGCUGUUCUUGGACUCUGAAGAUUUCUGCUGAGGGAUGUCAAAGCGAGUGCGAAGCAGAGAGGUCUGCGCGGACUGCAGCGCUCCGGAUCCACGCUGGGCCUCUGUUAACAGGGGCGUGUUGAUCUGUGAUGAGUGUUGCAGCAUCCAUCGAGGUCUUGGGCGACACAGCUCCCAAGUCCGACAUCUGACUCAUUCUUCUUGGCCAGCUUCUCAACUUCAGAUGGUCCAGACAUUGUAUGGUAAUGGAGCCAAUUCCAUAUGGGAGCAUAGCCUUCUGGAUCCUUCCUCUUCUGUGAGUGGGAAGCGCAAAGCCAACCCCCAGGAUAGAAUUCAUCCUAACAAGACAGAGUUCAUCAAAGGAAAAUAUCAGAUGUUGGCGUAUGUUCAUCGGAUGCCUUGUCGAGAGGAUGACAGUGUUACCGCAAAAGACCUCAGCAAGCAACUCCAUUCCAGUGUUCGAACAGGGAACCUUGAGACCUGCCUCAGACUUUUAUCUUUAGGAGCACAGGCAAACUUCUUCCACCCUGAGAAAGGAAACACCCCACUACACAUAGCAGCAAAAGCAGGUCAAAUGCUGCAGGCAGAGCUGUUGUCAGUCUAUGGAGCUGACCCUGGAGCUCUGGACUCCAGUGGAAAGACCCCCAUUGAUUAUGCAAGACAAGCCGGGCACCAGGAGCUGGCCGAGAGGCUCGUGGAGAUCCAGUAUGAACUAACAGAUCGGUUAACAUUUUACCUCUGUGGUAGAAGGCCGGAUCACAGAAAUGGGCAACACUUCAUCAUUCCUCAAAUGGCAGACAGCAGUCUGGAUUUAUCAGAGUUUGCAAAGGCUGCCAAGAAGAAACUGCAGUCGUUAAGUAACCACCAGUUUGAAGAACUUGCCAUGGAUGUUUAUGAUGAAGUGGACAGAAGGGAAACAGAUGCAGUUUGGUUGGCCACUCAGAACCACAGCACACUUGUAACAGACACCACGGUUGUGCCUUUUCUGCCUGUCAAUCCUGAGUACUCGUCUACCAGAAACCAGGGUCGGCAAAAAUUGGCAAGGUUUAGUGCUCAUGAAUUUGCCACUCUGGUUAUUGAUAUUUUAACAGACGCCAAACGAAGGCAGUGGGGUAAUUCCUGUGAAAGUCCAAAAGAGAGUGUGGAGCUGAUCAUUCAGGGAAUAGACAGUCUCCAUAACAGUGAGAGCCAGGACAGUGACCAGCCAGAUUAUGACAGUGUGGCAUCAGAUGAGGAUCCAGUACAAGAGGCUAUGUGCAGAGACAGCUGCAACGAUGGGAGAACCAAGAGCUCAGAGUCUUCUGACUUGUCUGAUGGACCAAUAACAGUACAGGAGUUUAUGGAGGUGAAGAGUGCCCUCACUGCAUCAGAAGCCAAAAUACAGCAGCUUCUCAAAGUCAAUUGUCAUCUCAGUGAAGAGUUGCGGUUGAUGCAGAGCAAGUUGAGCUCCCUGCAGACUGAAAACACAACGCUGCGAUGGCAAACCCCCAGUGGACAACAGCACCCCCAGGGGCCGUUUGGUCGACAUCCAGCCCGUGGAGGUCGCGCCAUUUCCAUGUAUGAGACGGGCACCACUCUGAGGCAGUACUCCCACAGAGCUGAAACAAAUCGCCAUGACGAUGGAGUCGUUUUACAACCCUUCCCUCCUAAUAUUGGUAGGGGUCCUUUGGGGACAGCUGCCUCCUCCCUCCCUACCUUCCCCUCUCCCCUGUCCUGGUCGAGGGAUGAGAGAUCUCGAAGGGGCUGUAGUCUGGGAGGACAGAGUACAAUGCUGGAGAAUGACUAUGACACUAUCGCCAACCACUCUGAACCGGAAGAAGCUGGCCCUCUUACAGUCUCUGAAGCAGUGGAACCAGAGGAGGAAGGUGAAGAAGAUGCCACCCUGCCUUGCACUGAGGAUGUCAUCUGUAAGACAGAGCAGAUCACCAAGAACAUUCAGGAACUUCUGAGAGCUGCCCAGGAGACCAAACAUGAAAGCUUUCUGCCUUGCUCUGAAAAAAUCUGUAUGGCUGUGACGGAGAUGGCUGCUCUAUUUCCCAAGAGGCCGUCGUUGGAGACGGUGCGUAGUUCCCUAUGUCUGCUGACUUCCAGCGCCAGUCGGCUCCAUGGAGAAUGCCAAAAGGCUGUAGAACAUGGUCCGUGCCCGUCAGACACCCAGCUGGUCACUCAGCAGGUCAUCCAAUGCGCCUAUGACAUUGCCAAAGCUGCUAAGCAACUUGUUACUGUGACAACCAAAGAAAACAACAACUAACUAAAUCUUUAAGACUAUUUUGAUUGACUCAGUAUACUGUACAUGUAUCCAUUGUAUUGUUAAGUUUUCAUCUUUUCACUUUUGAUUUUUAUCAGUGUAAGUAAAUCAAAUACAUUCCUUGAGGUGGGAAAAUCUUAAAAUGCCAUGCUUAUUAAUCAAAAGCUGGUUUAGUUCUGUCUUCGUGCCAUCCAUAUGUGAAAACAAACAUACUGAGAGAUGUAGGAGAAAACCUGUUGCAAUUUCUUACCUCACAAAUUGAAACCACUUGAUUUUUCAGAAGUGCAAUGUCAUGUGUGUACAAUUUGAACAACAAAGCUGAUUAGCAAGUUUUUUUUUUGUUUUGUUUUUGUUUUGUUGUUUAAAAAAACUAAAAAAAAAUAUAUAUACAUAAAAAUGUAUAUUUUAAUUUCUCCAUAGUAAAGCGGUGAACACCAGAGAUCAUCAGUUGUGCUCCUUGGGGUCUAUUUUCUGCUGUGACAAAGCUGUCGGGGCCAAAACAAACAAACAAAAAAACAACCCGCAGCAUCAAGGAUUACUUCAGAUGAACUUUUAUUUUUUUCUCCAGUGAAACUAGUUUGUUUUGCAUCUGAAAUGUUUAUAAGAGGCAGUGACAGUAUUGCAAUCCCAAAUCAUUGUGAUACUGCUUGCCAAAAGCCCAUGUUUGUCAAGUAAACUAACUGUGAUUAUGCAAAUAGCUUGAGUGUGUUAAGAAUCAUGCCAGACCAGCAAGAGUGUGCACACGUUCACGUCAUCCAGCAGGUGAAUUCACGGUUUCCGUCCUUUAGCGGGUUGAAUAUGUGUUUAUCAGUAAAGUAUCAGUAGUGCUUGGGAUUAUGUUACAGCCAUACGUAUGAUGUUAUAUGGAUGGAUGUGUGUGUGUGCGUGUCUGUGUGUGCAGGUAGGUGUGUGAGUGGAAACGCUUUCUCACAAAGAUGGUCUGUAUGGCCUGAUGGGAAAUCCACUUUGAAUAGUUUUUAAUAGUAUUAUGCAAAUAUGUAGAUGUAUGUACCCUUGCAAUUCUUUAUCAGAAUAAUCCAAAUGCUAUUCUAUUUAUAAACUGUAUGUCAUACCUCUAAGAAAAUAUCAGUGUUUAUUUUCAUAAGCUUUUGUUUUAACACGGCUAACAUUCGUCCUAGGGUUCGGGUUGGCUCAAACGGCAGUUGGGUUUUGGCAACUUUUAAUCUCUGUAUUUUAGAUGUGAUGCUGUAACUCCAAUGUUUUCUACAUGCUUCCUGUGGUCAAAUGUGUACCGCCGUGGUUUACAGCCAACAAUGAACUUAUCUGUGCCCUCACGUGUACCUUGUGAUCAUUGAUGUGAGCCAGAUGAGUUUGAACCAGCGGUGGAAACCGAAUCUGCCACACCACUUGAUAAAAUCUGAUUUCACUUAGGCUAAGGAAAAACAUUAAGAAUGGUGAAAUGUAUCAAAACAUUCACAACUCUGAUAUCUCUUAUCUCUGAUAAGGACAACAGAGUCAACACAAAACCAGCUCUGUCAUUACAAAUGUUUAACCAUUAUCGCUUUUGAGCUUAGUUUCAUAAACUACUAUUGAGUGUGUUUAUAACAAACCUUUUUUGGUUGAAAAUGUGGGAAAAAGUACAAA